GCAGAGUUGACUUUGGGGUGGGUUUGAUUCUUCUCUGAAGGCACCUUUCUUGCAGCAAAUGGAGAACUUGUGACCAAGAAUGGAUCCCAAGUCUUUCAUCAGGUUAUCAAUAGGAUCGUUGGGAUUGAGGAUCCCCCAACCGGCCUUAAGCAGUCCAAUAUCUUCUUGUUCAUGUGAGAUCCGUCUUCGAGGUUUUCCCGUUCAGACAACGUCUGUUCCCUUUUUACCCUCACCUGAAGCUGCCCCAGACUCUAACAGUACAGCCUCCAGCUUCUAUCUCGAGGACUCGGAUGUAAAGUCACUACUCCAGCCCGGCUGCUUUCAUACCAACCACACCUGCCUGGAGAUAGUUGUUUUCACUGGGCAGAAAGGUACCCAUUGUGGGGUUUCUAUCAAGAGACACCAGAUUGGUACAUUUAGGUUGAAAGUGAGUCCUGAGUGGGGUAAAGGAAAACCAGCUGUUCUUUUCAAUGGUUGGAUUGGGAUUGGGAAGAGCAAGCAGGGUGGCGGGAACACGGGAGUGGAGCUUCAUUUAAAGGUGAAGUUGGAUCCCGACCCAAGAUAUGUUUUCCAGUUUGAAGAGAAGACUAAAUUGAGCCCUCAGAUAGUUCAGCUUCAAGGAACCAUCAAACAGCCUAUUUUCAGUUGCAAGUUCAGUCAAGAUCGGUAAUUAGUUGCAUCUUUUUUUGCCUUUUGUUAUUAUUAGACACUUUUUUACACAAAGCGGGUCCUCCUGUGCGGCAGGUUGCGUGACUAAUCUAAGUCACAGAUGAGUGUGUCCUGCAUUUCUAGCGGGGAGGGAAUCUAGUUGUUUGGCUUUCAGCGUGUAAUACUGAAGUUUGAUGAUGAUGAUGAUGAUGAUGAUGAUUAUGCAUAUUAACAGUGUUCUAGUUUACCAUUUUACCUUCAAUAUUUUUCAAAUCUGUAGCUAUGUUUAAUACAUAAUCACAUUUGGUUGUUCCUAUGGUAAAAAUUCUCGUCUAAGUGUCGAGCCUCAUCUAAGUGUCGACUUAUCCUCGCAUAGGUACAAGGUUGUUCUUGACUGACUAUUUCUUCCCCUGCUUAGGGCGCUUUAAUUAGACCUAGAUCUUUCAUGUAAUCAUUUGAUAAAAUGAUAUGUCAUCUCACAUUGGCCAAUUAGAAAUAUUCGGAACUCAUUUGGUAAUGGCUGAAUCUGCUGAAAUCGGUACAAUUCUAGCUGAAACAGCUAAAUAUGCUGAAUUGUGCAAAAAUGAUAUUUAAAGUAUUUUUUAUUAAUAAAAUAAUGGAAAACACAUAUGAAAAAAAUAGUAUAAACAGUUUUUUAUAUAAGGUCUUGGAUGUCUUAAUAGAUCACAGAACCAAUUAAGCUCCAAAGAGAUUAUAGUCCAUGGCUUAAUGUGCAGACCCUAUCUUAUUCUUGACAGUUGGCACACCCAAUGCACAGCAUUCCUUAAUGUAAAUGCUCAAAGUUGAUUUGAAAUGACAGGGUCCUGCAGGUGGAUCCCCUGAGCAACUUUUCGUCAGCUGGUUUCGUCGAUAGCUCCUACCUUGAAACAGAAAGAAGGGAGAGGAAAGGGUGGAAGGUAACCAUACACGACCUCUCUGGAUCAGCUGUUGCUGCAGCCUUCAUAACCACGCCAUUCGUGCCGUCAGCGGGUCGUGAUUGGGUGGACCGGUCCAACCCAGGAGCUUGGUUGAUCGUCCGGCCCGAUCCGUUUACGCCCGACAGCUGGCAACCAUGGGGGAAACUGGAAGCAUGGCGGGAACGCGGCGGAAUAAAAGAUUCUGUCUGCUGCCGCUUCCGCCUUCUGGCUGAGGAAGGUGGCGAGGAUCUUAUCAUGUCAGAGAUACUCAUCGGUGCCGAGAAGGGCGGGGAGUUUUACAUAGACACUGAGAAACGGGUGGUGGGUCCGGUGCCGAGCCCAAGAAGUAGUGGUGAUGACUUGUUGUCGAUGUUGGGCCCCGUUUUAGGCGGGGGGUUCGUAAUGAGGUGUAGGGUGCAAAGCAAGCUGGUAGUGCAACUGGCGAUGAGACACGUGACUUGCGUGGAGGAUGCCGCCAUUUUUAUGGCACUUGCAGCUGCUGUUGAUCUUAGUGGUGAGGCGUGCAGGCCAUUUCGCAGAAGGCUCAGGAGAGGCACCAGUCGCCAUUCGUGGUGAUAUCCCAGUGGUUAUACACGCACAAUACUCCCUCAGUCCCUUGAAGCAUGAACGGUUCUGGCAAGUUGUGUUUGUAACUUUUGUACACUUUUGGUACAAAAGUGCUUGAUAUAAUUCGUGUUAUAUUUCUACCUAUGUCAUAUUUUUACGUAAAUUCCAUUAAAAAGAUGUAAAUAUGUAUCUGCAAUAUGUAAGAGAUUUUAAUAUAAAUUAUUAAUAUUUAAUGUAAAUGCGAUACAUUAUAAUGUAAAUGAUAUUAUGAAUUAUGAAUAUUUUAAAAACACGUGAUUAACUUGUAAAUGUAAUACUCCGUAGUAUUUAUUAUUGAUAUAAAAGCUAAU